UUUAGGACUUAAAAUAUACUAAUUUCCCUCCACUAAACUCCACGGCACAAUCUCGAUGGACCAGCAAAAUCCCGCCACACCCUCCACCGCCCAAACUCCUGUCACCGUCGCCGUCUCCCAACCGGUCGACCCCCCGCCGGCACAACCUCCCCCUUCGCUGCCACAAAUUUCUGCCGCGCUUCAACAACACCAGAAUCCUCCACCGCAGCAGCAACACCAGCAUCCCCCGCAGCAGCUACAACAACAACAUCAACUAUUGAUUGCGCAGCCGUCGCCUUCCGCCGCUCUCACGCCGAUUCCGAACCCUAACCCUAACACAUCUUCAAAACCUUCAAUUCCGGUCGUCCAGCCUCAAUCUCAACCUGCGCCAGGUGGUGCCGCUACUCCUAGGCCCCACCGACAAUGGCAACAUCCCCACCCUCACACUCACUUCCAGCAUUUCUCUUCUCCUUCGCCUCCCACCUCGGUCGCUUCUAUUUCGUCGGCCACCUCAGCUCCGAUUUCUACCCAGCAACAGAGAGGCGGCAUCGCGAUUGGUGUCCCGGCGACCCAUCCUACCCCUUAUGGGCAACAGUUCGGGGGAUUGAAUCGCGGCCCUGUCAAUGUGCCUGAUUCUGCUACUAGUUCCACUGCUUCGCAGGUAAGGCACGGGAUGCAGGGAAUAGGGAUGAUGAGCUCAAUGGGUGCAAGCUCUCAGAUGCGCCCGGGUGGGAUUCCAGCUCAUCAACAACAGAGACCUGUUCAAUCUUCUAUUAGGCCGUCAACUACUCCCAGUACUCAAUCUCAGAAUACCCAGAUCAUUACUGGUUUCCCAAUUAUGCAGAAUUUCCAAGGUCACAGCUUCAUGAGGCCAUCAGGUGGUCUUGCAGGCGCCUCAGCAACAAACACUUCACAAAGUUUGCAGCUUCCCAACCAACCAUGGUUGGCUUCUGGAUCUCAGGGAAAGCCUCCGAUACCUCCCGCUUCACAUAGACCACAAAUGAGUCCACAAACCUUGCAACAAAGGGCACCUGUUCCUCAGCAGCAUCAUUCUGUGCCUGCGACUUCUCAUCAGCAGCACUCUCCCUCUUCUGCGCAGCCCCAACAAGCAGGAGAGCAGACUGCAAGAACCCUCGCUUCAGUGUCUGUUCCCCAUCCGCAGCCGAAUCCAAGGGCCAUUGCUUCAGCCAAUCAAAAGCAGCCUUCGCAAGCAAUGCCACAACCAAGUGCACUGCAGACUGUGAAUAAGGCAGCUAAUACAGAAAUAGAUGAAACAAGCACUCGGAUCUUAAGCAAAAGAAGUAUCCAAGACCUUCUCGGCCAGAUUGAUCCUUCAGAGAAAUUGGACCCAGAAGUUGAAGAUAUUCUUGCUGAUAUAGCAGAUGAAUUUGUUGAGUCUAUCACAACAUUUGGUUGCUCCUUAGCCAAGCAUCGGAAGUCUGAUACAUUAGAAGCAAAGGACAUUCUUCUACAUCUAGAAAAAAAUUGGAACAUAACACUUCCUGGAUUUAGUGGAGAUGAGAUCAAGACCUACCAAAAACCGCUAACAAAUGAUAUCCACAAGGAGCGCCUUGCAGUAAUAAAGAAGUCUGUAUUGGCAUCUGAGACGGCUGCUGCUAGGAAUGUUGGACAGGGUGGUGGUGGAAGUGCAAAGAGCAACCUGACAAAGACACCUGCAAAUCCAUUGGUCUCUCCUCCCAACCUGACAAAGACAACCUGAAAAAAAAAAAAAAAAAAAAAGAUGAAAGGAACUCUGCAAAUACGAUGGUCUCUCAUACUAAGUUGAAUUGGUUUGUGAAGUUAGCAUGGGAAAUGUUAUGACAGGUGCUCUGAAUGCGUCAGCCUUUUUUGUUGGAAAAAGGCUCAAUUUUGGCCGGCUAGCUGACUGGGGGAACUAAAGAGUGUUUGAAAUGCGGGAUCUUGGUACCUUCCAGCUGCUGCAAGCGCCUUCGGAUUAAUGAGAAAAAAAGCUGUAAAAACCAAAGUACUAUGGAUAUUGGAUGGUAGUGAACAGCGUUGCCUUGCCUUUUUCCAAAUAUUUUCUUUACCCGUGGUGGUUUAUAAAAUAGUUAUUCAUUACUAAAACGUAAAGAAUUGAAGUGGGUAAUGAUGUAUAUCAUGUGGAAUAGUUGAUGGGGUUGGCAUGCCAGACGUACUUUGACUACUACAUGUUCACCACCCUAGCAGCUUUUAUCCUUUUAAUCUCUUUGUCUGCUAUAAUUGUAUUCGGUUUCCAUAUUCUUGGAUAUUCACGUAAACUUAUACUCAAUUAUACAGCCAAAGAUAUUAGUAUUUGGAUAGUUAAUCGC